CAGUCGGGGAAGAACGUUGUUCGACAUCGGUGUAUAUAUCGGUGCGGUUCUUGCGGGUAAUCGCAACACCGUCAGCCCACAACCCUCUCUGCGAGGAGGUUACUCGAGAAGCCAAAGUUGCCGAAUUCGCGUUUCAGUGCUCGGCUAAAAUAAAAAGAAAAGAGGCAGCAUUUUUCUCUCUCUCUCGUACACCGAAAUGACGGUUCUUUCGCGGUGCGUAUGGUGAAUUUUUGACCAGAAGAAUUGAUCUGAAGCCGUUGUGACGGGGAUCCUGUUCGAGAUUUCUCAAAAGUUUUUUCAAAAGAGACGACAUACCGAGUGGACGUGACAAAAUUGCAGUUCUCACACGGAAGGUCGCGGUCCACAAUUAUGGAGCCCAAAAUCGUGAUUUGCUUCUUUCUUCUCGCGCUGAUCGCUACAGGAUCUAAUGGCGCCGGAUGCGGUUAUCCAGGCGCACCGGCGCACAGCAGCGUGCGUUUCACCGGUGCUGAUCCCAACGACGUCAUAGAUGAGGAGGAUGCCCUUCUUAAGGACACCACGUUGCCGGAAGGCACCGUGGCCACGUAUUCCUGCGAACGAGGAUUCGAGCUGCUGGGGCCAGCAAGAAGAGAAUGCCAGGCUGACGGCACGUGGGAGCCGGAAGGCGUGCCUUUCUGCGUUCUGAACGUGGCCGGCGGCAAGGCGCCGAUGCAGUCCACCACCGUGGAGGGUGGAAUUCCGCAACGCGCGGUCGACGGUAGCAGCGGUCAGAUUUACACGCCCCAAACCUGCACCCUGACGAAACCCGAGCGCAAACCUUGGUGGUACGUGAACCUGCUCGAGCCGUACAUGGUGCAGCUAGUGCGGCUGGACUUCGGUAAAUCGUGCUGCGGCAACGACAGACCCGGCACCAUCAUCGUCCGUGUCGGCAAUAAUCGACCGGAUCUGGGAACAAAUCCCAUUUGCAAUCGGUUCACCGGGACUCUGGAGGAGGGCCAGCCGCUUUUCCUGCCCUGUAACCCGCCAAUGCCCGGAGCCUUCGUCUCGGUGCACUUGGAAGCUACGGAAGCCAACAUUCCCGUGCAGCUGUCCUUGUGCGAGGCGUUCGUCUACACCGAUCAGGCGCUGCCGAUCGAGAGGUGUCCCCAAUUCCGGGAUCAACCGCCAGGGUCAACCGCGACCUACAACGGCAAGUGCUACAUAUUUUACAAUCGCCAGCCGUUGGGAUUCAGGGAUGCGCUGGCCUUCUGCCGAUCGCGCGGCGGCACCCUUGUGAACGAGAGUAAUCCCGCUCUGCAAGGAUUCAUCUCGUGGGAGUUGUGGAGACGACACAGAAGCGACACAUCCACCCAGUACUGGAUGGGCGCGGUCAGGGAUCAGAACGAUCCGACGUUGUGGAGAUGGAUCGGAAGUGACAAAGUGGUGGCCAUCACAUUCUGGAGCAUAACACAAAACACCCAGGAGGACUGCGCCAGAUACGACGGUGCCAAGGGCUGGCUUUGGUCCGACAUAUCUUGCACGGCUCGACUUUACUUCAUUUGUCAGCAUCAACCGCGAGCUUGCGGCAGACCCGAGCAGCCGCCGAACUCAACGAUGACGGUAAUCGCUCCCGGAAUUUCCGGAGGCGCGUACGAAGUCGGUGCGACGGUGGAAUACACUUGCAACGCGGGCAGUCUUCUUAUCGGACCGGCGACACGUACUUGUCUCGACACCGGUUUCUACAAAGAGUUCCCGCCGGUGUGCAAAAGCAUCGAGUGCGGCUAUCCCGCGAGCAUAAAACACGGCGGCUACACGCUCAUCAAUAACACCGUCAAUUACCUCAGCCAGGUGCUUUACUCUUGCGAGGAAGGAUACGAAAUGACAGGACGCGCCCGGUUGACCUGCGACAUCGACGAGCGUUGGAACGGUCCGCCGCCGCGAUGCGAGCCGAUACUCUGCGACCCACCGACCGCGGUCCCGCACAGUUACAUCCAAAUAGAAGAGAUCGACGAAGACGAGAGUGCUCCGGUGAAGAACAACUUCAAUCAAAGUCUCCUGGUCGGCAGCAUUGUCACCUACACGUGCGAGAAGGGCUACCGACUCGUCGGCUUCCGUCAAAUACUCUGUUUGGCCACCGGAUUGUACGACCAUGUCGCGCCAACCUGCAUAGAAGAAUCACGAACAACCGUGAUUGCUCCUACGCGGGCAACAAUACGCUCGACGACGCCGAAAAUUCGACCGCAACUUACCCCGAGGAUCAGAACCACAACGAGCAGGUCCACCGUCGUCACCAGCAGCACGAUGUAUCCGCCUAGGAACGGCAACGCGGCGGAACUACCAGCCACGGUGAAGGAGACCGUGUCGAGGAGGCCGAGCGUCGGGCUUAACAAGCCCGCGUCGUCGUCGGUGCACAACGACGCCGGCAGCGAUCAUCCGCAGGACAACGAGAUCUCCGGAAGCGGCGUGGAUCGCGCGCAAGCGGGAAUCGGCGCGGCCGUGUUGGAGCCGUCGGGUCCGUUCCGGGUGGACAGCGCUGAACUGCCCAGCAGCGCUCAUCAGGCCAAGCUCAAUCUAGGCGCGGUGAUUGCUCUCGGAGUGUUCGGCGGCUUCGUCUUCCUCGCCGCUGUGAUCACGACGGUCGUCAUACUCAUACGCAGAAAUCGCGGAAGAAGCAGCAAGCACUAUCGUCAUCGUGCGUCGCCGGAUUGCAACACCGUCGCCAGUUUCGACAGCAGUUCCUCGGAGAGCCGGGGCGGUCUGAAUCGUUACUAUCGUCAGGCUUGGGAGAAUCUGCACGUGUCCGCUGGGCACAAGACCAGCCAUCCGCCGCUCCGUCGCAAGGAGACCCUGGAUGAACCAGGAUACCGGGAAAACUUCCGAAGCAACAACAACACCGAACGCGACGGUUCGGAGUUGGUUGUCAGCGACGUCGCCGCUUAUCCGUCCAGUAAGCACGCCAGCGUCUCGGACAAGAAGCGUCAUCAUCAUCAUCACCACCAUCAUCAUGGUAGCGGGACCCCCGAUUGGAGACAGUCGCAGCCCCACCACAGAUACUAAAAAAAAAAAUAAAAAAACAAGGAAGGACAAAACUGCGAAACGACUUCUGUAACUGUAAUCCCGUAUUAUCGGCGAUUGCGAUGAUCGAGGGAUUAGGAAAAUUAUGUACGUAAAAUGCUUACCACUGUCGCGGAUAGAAAACUCUUCCCUGACGAGGGAGCUAAGCGAAUCUUUCAUCAUGAAGCUGUAACCCGGGGAUGAACGUCUCUUGCACAAAGAAAAAAAAACCGAGAGAAAAUAGCCAAAAUAGAUUCUACAUAUACUUUUGUUCUGUUGCGUCUAAGUAAGUUAUUUAUCAUCAGAGUCUCUCCGUCACGUCAAAUGUAAAUAUUAUAUACAUCGUAGUUUAAGAAUAAUAAAUAUACGAUAUCGCUCAUCACUGUAAAAAAAAAA